GUAUUCGAAGAAACCAAGAAGGCAAUCAAUUCUGAGACUCUGAAAGCAAUCUUGAACAAUGACAGCAGGCCGCUGCAUGUGGAGAAAAUGAACCGUGACUUAGACUCGGAGAACCACCUCAGAGAUGAAAGACACCAACUUAAUGUUCAGACCCUUUGCGAAACAAUCAACCAAGAGGAAAACAGUCCACCAGAAAUUUCCAAAGACCAAACACCGUCCUCGGAAUGGGAUUGCGCUAUGUGCCAGGCUAAAUGUACCUCUAAAGCCCAUCUCGAGAAUCACUGCAUAAGCAGAAAGCAUCAACAGAGGACCCAGGUGAUACUCAGCGAAGGCGAUAUCACGAAAACGGGCAGGACCCAUGUGAUACUCAGCGAAGGCGAUGUCACGAAAAUGGGCAAUCUCCACAUGGAAGCAUCCUGCAAAGAAGGCAGUAACAAUGAUAUGGCAAAGAACGUAGCAUCACAGGAAGCAAAAUCGCAUAAGAGCAAUGUGCCAGAGCAUGCAGAGAAACCACCUUCAGUGCAGAGUUGCAACAUUUGCCAAGGUGUCUGUAACUGCGCACCAGAUUUAGAUAUGCCAAAACAUGUAGCGGAGAUGAGUAUUAAAUUAAACUGGGAGAGCUACCCCAGACUCAGAGACGAGAGUCUCCAACUGAUGGAUGAUUGGACCCUUCGCGAAAAAACCAACCAAGAUAAAAGCAAUCCACCAGAAAUGUCCAAGGACCAAAUAUCAUCCUCGGAAUGGGAUUGCACUACUUGCCAGGCCAAUUGUAACUCUGAACCUCAAACCGAGCAUCACUGUAAAAGCAGAAAGCAUCUACAAAAGAUCAAUGUGACACUCCAUGAAGGCGAUAUUGCCGAAGUUAGCAGUCUCAAUGCAGCCCCAUGUGAAGAAAAUAAUAACAGCGAUAUGGACGCUGCACCACGGGAAGCAAAAUCGGAUGAGUGCAUUGUGUCACAGCAUGCAGAGAAGCCACCUUCAGUAUGGAGUUGCAGCGAUUGCCAAAUUAUCUGUGGCCGUGAAUCAGAUGUUGAGAUCCACCUGAAGGGUGAAACACACUUAAAGAAGAUUGGAGCCCUGCUCGAAGAAAGCAAGAAUACGGCAAUAUCUGAGUCACAGAAAGUAAACCUGUACCCAGACAGCGUGCCGCAGCAGGCGGACAAAAUGAAUUGUGAAUUAGACUUGGAGAACAACCUCGGAGAUGAGAGACACAAUCUGAAUGUUCGCUCCCCUUGCAAAGAAAACAACCAAAUGAAAAACAAUCCUUCACAAAUUGUCAAGGACCAAGAACCACCCUCAGAAUGAGAUUGUGCUAUGUGUAAGGACAAAUGUAACUCUGAACCUCAGAUUGAGCAUUAUUGUGAAAGUAGAAGGCAUCAACAGAAGACCGAUGUGACACUCUGUGGAGGCGAUAUUGCGAUAGUGAACAGUCUCCACAUGGCAGCCUCAUGCAAGGAAGGCAAUAACAACAGCACGGGCAUUGCACCACAGGAAGCAAAAUCAGACGAGAACAAUAUGCAGCAGAAUGCAGAGAAGCCACCUCCGGCAUGGGAUUGCAGCGAUUGCCAAGUUACAUGUAACCACGAAUCAGAUUUUGUGUUCCACCUGAACGGUAAAAGGUACUUAAAGAAGCUUCGGUCCCUACUCAAAGAAAGCCAGAAUAAGGCAAUGAAUUCUGAGUCACAGAAAUCAAACUUGAACCAGGACAAAGUGCCGCAACAUCUGGAGAAAACAAAUUGCGAACUAAACUCGGAGAACUACCUCAGACUCGGAGACAAGAAACACCAACUCAAUGUUCAGGCCAUCGGCGAAGCAAGCAACCAAGAUAAAAGGAGUCCAUCAAAAAAGGAACAGAUACCAUCCUCAGAAUGGGACUGCGCUAUGUUUUUUUAGAAAAGGAGGCGUUGCCCCGGCCUCUGCAUCGAGUGAUGCAUAUAGCCAUAUAUUAAUCAAAAUAAGUAUCCAGUAA